GCUUUCGGCGGCAUCGGGGGCGCUGGUCCGCCCCCGCUCCUCCGGGGCUGGCGGAACGACGGAGCGGCGCUCUGGUCAGGUUUCUCUGCUUCGAGAGCAGUGCGUGGGCUGAUGUCGAGGGCGAGGCGGCUGUGCCUCUGCGUCGGGCGUUCCUGGACGGGAGGGUGUUCGCAGAGGCCGCGUAUGGCGGUAGGGAGUUCCUGUUCGACUUCAUGUGGAUGGUGCGCAUCGACGCUGGCACCGCCGAGGAGGUCGCCAUGGGCUGGAUUGAUGACCGCGGGGCCUGCUUCUUCCCUGUGCCAGAGAGCGGGAGGAAGAGGAAGAGGGGCGAGCCUGGGCUGGAGGAUGGGGCGUCGUCCGGGGUGGAUGAGAGGUCCGACAAGAGCAACGACACGGUGGAGUCCUCAAUCCAGCCUAAUCUCCUGCCCCUCUCAAGCACUCCCCGUGUAGCAGGCCUGGUGUGUAGACUGCCAUGGCAAGGCUACAUCCAUUCAUUAUGGUCAACAAGGCGGCCAGCUUGGGGCAAGGCGGUGAGGUUGGAGGAGACAGACAAGUUCUACUAGGUUGUUACUCGUCAAGAAGCUCUUCCUCAGAGGGAUAGCCCCGGGUGGGCGGCAGCGUGGCGAUCACGGCGAUGCACAAGGUCUUGCAGGGUCCCCGGUCUAGGGCGUUCCAGAUGUAGGGCCAGAUCCUAGCCGCUGCACGCGGUGCCGACGAGGGCAAUCCCAAGUUCGCGUGGUAUGGCGCUCCGUUUGCGGAUGUGGCCGCGGCGGUGGAGCACGUGUUCGGCAGGAUGAACAGCCAGGUCCUUUUCCAUCGCGUGCACGGCGACACGUCCACCUCUCGCCUGGUUCUUGAUUGUUGAGUAAUUCCUGUUAGUUGUUGCUGAAUUAGGGACUUGAUUCAUGUUGGUUGCUGAAUUGAUUUAUGUCUUAUGUAUACUUGAUUCCGUAGAUUAAUAUCUCUUUUGGUUGGCAA